AUAUUACCAUAUAUUAAACACCCCUUUUCCUCGUUACUCUGUACCUAUAACCCGUUCUUAUAUUCAUGCAUUUCUUUCCUUUUUAAACUAGUUACCUGCUUGCUUGCUGUGAGCAUUUCUCCUUUAUUUUUCUUAUUUUUAUUUUGUCAGCUCAGACCAGUUCUUACAAAUAUAAAUAUCUCAUCUUACUUAAGACAGAAAAGGAAAGAGACACAAUGAACAUCUUUUCGUUGGUAACAGGAAGGCCUGGUCCGAGUGGGUUUGGAUCAGCUUCUACUGCUGAACAGGUUACUGAAGGGAUUGACGCUUCCAAUUGUACUACUAUUAUAACUGGUGGUGCAAGUGGGAUUGGCUUGGAAACUGCAAGAGUCUUGGCUUUACGUAAAGCUCAUGUCAUUAUAGCUUCAAGAAACUUGGAUGCUGCAAACGAAGCAAAAAAACUUAUCCUUAAAGACCAUGAAAACGCCCGUGUAGAUGUUCUAAAACUCGACUUGGCCUCCAUUAAAUCCGUCAGAGAAUUUGCUGAUAACUUCAUUGCUCUUGAUCUACCACUUAACCUCUUAAUAAAUAAUGCUGGUAUAAUGUUCUGCCCUUAUCAGCUCUCUGAAGAUGGAAUAGAGAUUCAAUUUGCUACAAAUCAUAUUGGUCAUUUCCUCUUAACAAAUCUUCUUCUUGAGAAAAUGAAAGAAACUGCAAGAACAACUGGUAUUGAGGGAAGGAUUGUGAACUUGUCAUCGAUAGCCCACAUCCACACUUACAAAGGUGGAAUUCUAUUUGAUGACCUCAAUAACAAGAGGAGUUAUUCUGAUAAAAGAGCAUAUGGGCAAUCCAAGUUGGCAAACAUACUACACGCCAAAGAACUUAAUCGUCGCUUUCAGGAAGAGGGUGUGAAUAUCACUGCUAAUGCAGUCCAUCCAGGUCUAAUAAUGACACCUCUAAUGAGACACUCUGCACUUAUAAUGAGAAUAUUACAUAUUUUUAGUCUUCCCUUGUGGAAGAAUGUACCUCAGGGAGCAGCUACGACAUGCUAUGCAGCACUCCACCCAAGUCUGAAAGGAGCGAGUGGAAAGUACUUUGUGGACUGCAAUGAGAUAAAACCUAGUGCAUUUGCUAGGGAUGACUUGCUGGCAAGAAAGCUGUGGGACUACAGCAACAAGCUGAUUACCUCAGCUUCAAAAGCUUGAAAGAGAAACUAGGGCUUUUCUCAGAGUGAUUAUAUUAAUUAAUUAUUUAUUUAUAUUUAUGGUUCAUCCAUGCUUUUUGAUGAAGGCAAUGAGAUGAGCCAGGAGCAUAUAUUUGUCUUUCAUUUUAUGAUACUGUGGUGUUUUUAACAGUUUCAAGUCUUUGUUAGUUCCAAAAUUCAAAUAUUCGUGUAUUAUUAUCUAGGUUAUGAAAGCAUAGAGAUUCUGAUUUCUCACUC